AUGUUUAGAGCUCCUUGGAUAUGUCGACGAUGUAUAGAUUUAUCAUUGAAGCCUGGUAAAAGGCGAUCUUCGCCAUUCACACGAUUCUCAAGCACCGUCCCAAACAAUGGCGAUACCUUUUCUCCAGCAUUACUUGCACGAGCUCGUAAUUUGGCUGCGGAACAUGAUCGAUUGAGUAAUGAAACUUCCGAGACCUUCGAUGCGAAAACUGCGAAACGAAUUGGAGAAUUACAAAAUGUAGCGGUAGCACUGAGAAAAUGGGAAGAAACGAAAAAAUCGCUAUCAGAGCUAAAUGAUUUACUGAAAGAUUCAUCUACCGAUGAAGAAUUGAGAGAACUGGCAGUGGAAGACCUUGCUACUACGACUGCCCAUCUCGAAGAAUUAUCAAGAAAUCUCACAACCAGUUUGACUCCCAAACACCCUUUCGCCGAGUUACCAUGCCUCCUUGAAAUUAGACCUGGAGCUGGAGGAGGUGAAGCCGCGAUCUUCGCCGCAGAUCUUCUACGCAUGUACCGAGCAUAUUGCGCGCGCAAACGAUUCCGCUCUACAAUCAUCAAAUACGAGACCACUGACGGCGAAGGCGCUGGAUCCGAUGCGCCCAUCUCCGAAGUUGUGCUUGAAAUUGAAACGUCCGGAUCGUACGAUUCAUUACGCGGUGAAGCGGGCGUUCAUCGGGUCCAGCGAGUUCCUGCAACUGAGAAACAGGGAAGAACACAUACUAGUGCAGUGAGUGUAAUGGUGUUACCUAGUUUCCCCACGACGGGACAGGAAGGACAGGAAUAUUGGGAAGCAGAUCUGAAUGAUCCGAAUAGUGAUUAUUAUGUCAAUCCAGCGGAUGUACGGACAGAUGUGAUGAGAGCGAGAGGAGCGGGUGGUCAACACGUCAAUACAACUGAUUCGGCUGUGCGAUUGACGCAUGUACCUACUAAUACAGUGGUCAGUAUGCAAGAAGGACGGAGUCAGCUGCAAAAUCGACAGAAAGCAUGGCAAGUACUACGAUCGAGACUAGCGGCUGCAAAAAGGGAGGCCAGAGAAGAACAAUUGAUGAGUUUGAGGAGAAGUGUGAUUGGUGUUGCGAAAAUGGGAAGAGGCGAUAAAAUUAGGACGUAUAAUUGGGGACAACAGAGGGUUACGGAUCAUAGGAGUGGGCUGAGUGUGCACAAUUUAGAUGAUGUUAUGGAGGGCGGUGACGAACUUGAGAAAGUUAUUGAUAGCGUCAAAGCAUGGUUUUCCGAGCAGGAAACCCUAGGAUUGCUUGCUGAUGAGGAUGCUGCAAGCAAGGCGAAGUAG